AUGAAGCGUAAAGCAGACUGUGAGCCCAACGUGGAUAUCCAGGAGUCCAGUUUUAAGGUGGACUCCAGCAGCUGCAAGGCGCGGAAAGAGCGCACGGCGUUCACCAAGGAGCAGCUGAGGGAGCUGGAGGCCGAGUUCACGCACCACAACUACCUGACCCGGCUGCGCCGCUACGAGAUCGCCGUGAACCUGGACCUCACGGAGAGACAGGUGAAGGUGUGGUUCCAGAACCGGAGGAUGAAGUGGAAGAGGGUGAAGGGAGGACAGUCGUCUUCGCCCAACGACCUGGAAAAUGACGACAUAGACUCGGCGGCUUCGCCCAGCUCUGAAUAA